UAAAAGCGGUUAAAAGUGUCGUCUGCUGAAGUGUUGACAUGGUGUUGACGAUAGCACGAUACUGCGAUAGUAUCGUAGAUUACGAGUUGACGACCUCCAUACGAACGUCUGAACCUGUUUCUAAUUAACAGACAGAUCCAGAUUUUAAACCAUAGUCAUCUUCAGUAAACUUUUACUCUUAGUAUUUUAAAGGUCAGCAGGUUUUAGCAUUUUUAUCAUGGAAAGAACUGAAAAGGCAAUUCAGGAUGAUGAUGGGACUGUUGGAGAUGCCACAGUAGAAAACAUUCCUGAUCAAACAGAAAGAAAAAGUGAUGGCUGCGUAGAAUACCCAUUGAAACAGAAGGACUGUAAUGUUGAAUACAAUACCAAAGAACCUGAGAAAAAUUUUGGAUGUGAUUUGGUUUCGACAUUUGAGAACAUCACUAGAAAAGAAGAGGGAGGUUUGAAAAAGAGGAAAGUCGAAAAAAGAAAGCGAUCGGCAGCAUUGGUCGUAAAGGAAAAAAUCCCCGUAUCGUUAGGAGGAUUUGGUCGAAAUUUGGAGCCUGAGAAAAUUGUUGGAGCAACAAACAGGACUGGUGAGCUUCAAUUCCUUAUGAAAUGGAAAUCAAUUGAUGAUAUCGAUUUAGUUCCUGCGAAGGAAGCAAAUAAGAUAUGCCCAGAAAUUGUAAUCGAGUUCUAUGAAGAUCGCAUAAAAUGGGGUGACGAAUACGUGGUUGAGGGAAGGGUGUUAUAGUGGGAACUGGGAAGAUAGUUUCGCUCGGUAUUGAAUAAGUUUUAAUUUCAGUUUUAAUUUCAUUAGUUUACAUGUCAGGAUACUCAAAAAUAAAAAAAAAUUUGAUUUUU